GCUGGGAAAAGAAAGGAACCAUAGAGAUGUGGUUACCUAGAGAGUCCGCGAGGAACGUGGGUGGGGGAAGGAGAGAAACCGGAAGUCGCGGUACCCGCGGUUCGGCCAUUCUUCUGGCCCUCAAUGGCCCGGACGUCUUAUUUCCGUCUCAUCUCCUGGCGUUGGGUCGCGGAGACCGUGGUACCCCAGGCUGGAGCCACAGCUGCAGCUCCGGAUGAUGUUCUCCAAGCUCUAAGGCAGAAGUGAAGCAAGGAUUGAGGGGACCUGGAGAGGAGCCUUUUCUUGAGUGAAGACAAUGAUGAGAGAAAAUUGGGCCCACAGUGCUCUGAGACAAGAGGGUCUUAUUAAAGGGAAGGGUGAUAUCUGGAAAUGGGGAACCACCUUCCAAUGGAGCAGCUCCUCUGUUUGGGAGACCUCCCACCUGCACUUUAGACAGUUACGUUACCAUGAGACAUCUGGGCCCCAGGAGGCUUUGACCCGGCUCCGAGAGCUCUGUCGUCGAUGGUUGAGGCCUGAAGCACGCACAAAGGCACAGAUCCUGGAUCUGCUGGUGUUGGAGCAGUUCUUGAGCAUCCUGCCUGGGGAGAUUCGGACCUGGGUGCAGCUCCAUCACCCCGGGAGUGGCGAGGAGGCUGUGGCCCUGGUAGAAGAGCUUCAGAAAGACCUCGAUGGACCAACGCUAAAAAUUCCAGUCCUUGCCAAGAACCAUGACACUCUCCAGGAGGGGUUAAGCUCUCCAGGAACAGCACACACUUCUGCAUCUGGUGUCAGCCACAUGUCCACUGAAACUCGCCCGAAUCCUCUUACUGAUCCAGUGGUGUUCAGUCUUCAGGAUCUUCAACAUGAUCCUCCUGCCCCUGAAGCUUCUGCUCUUUCCCAGGAAGAAAACCCAAGAAAUCAAUUAAUGGCACUCAUGCUCCUAACAGCCCAGCCCCAGGAGUUGGUGAUGUUUGAAGAGGUGUCAGUAUGCUUCACUUCAGAGGAGUGGGCAUGUCUAGGCCCAAUUCAGAGGGCCUUGUACUGGGAUGUGAUGCUGGAGAAUUAUGGAAAUGUGACCUCAUUAGAAUGGGAAACCAUGACUGAGAAUGAGGAGGUGACAUCAAAGCCAGGCAUUUCGCAAAGAGCCAGCUCCCAUAAAGGAACAUCCAAAAGGUUUCAAGGAGGUGUUCCCCAGGUUCUUGACUUUGAGGAAGAGUGUGAAUGGCAAGUAUUGACACGUCAGUGGGGAAAUGAAACAGGGGAGAUGGUAGAUACAGUGAAGAAAGGUUCCUUUCGUGAGCGAGACAAGAAGAAAGAACUGUACCAGAAAAACGAGGCCAGAAGUUCAAGGAACUUGGAGAAAGCUUAACUUUAGGUUCAGUUCUUUCUGAAAGUUUAAUAAGUACUGAAGGAAAGAAGUUGUAUAAAUGUGAUCUAUGUUGUAAACAUUUCAGUAAAAUCUCCCAUCUUAUAAACCAUCGGAGAAUCCACACUGGCGAGAAACCUCA